UUUACUAACAUGGCGCAUAGCCCGUCUCGUGUCUUUGCCACACUUUUACCGACUGCUGAUGAUGUCCACGGACACGGGAACGAAUCAAUAUUUCAUCACGCCGCCAAGCAAAACUCUUUGCAUCCUCAAAGUAACGUUAGAGUUGUUCAGGUCACGGGCUGUGCGGAGUUAACCUGUCUUCCGGACCGGGCAACCGUUGUCAUCAUCGUCCAGAACAGUAAAGAAAAUGUUAACGAUGUGACUAAUAGCGUUUCCCGAAGACUGGAUUAUAUCCUACAGACUGUUAGACAAAAUGAUGUUAAGGAAGAAAACAUCACUGUAGCCAAGCAUUUGCAAAGAGAGGAAGAGCUCUUCCACAUGCAGGCUGAGGUGCAUAUGGUGUUUUCAAACUUUGAGACCAUGCAAGAUGUGCGCUCAGUUUUUAUUGAAAAACUUGACAAAAGUGUGUGUGUUGGUAACCCCUACUACACACACAGCACUGAAAGCCUCAAUCUGUUAAGGCGGCAAGUGUGUUUGCAAGCUGUGGACAAUGCCCGGCUCAAAGCCAGUGAGGCGUGUUGCAUUCUGGGACAAGCUCUGGGACGACCACUGCUUGUACGAGAGGAGGAAUCACGAGAAUGGACAAAUAGCCAAGAUGAUGUUACUGGGACUCCUCUAACGCUACAUCAGAAAGCUGGAGUCACAUUAUUCUCAGCAUCUUCACGUGUGUUUGUGACUUUUGAAUUACGACCAAAGGACAGAAACAGAAGAAAACUGUGACAUUUUGUUUAGAAUUAGAUUAUGAAAUUUUGUAUUUUCUAAGAUGCUUUGUCAAUGUGAAUGUCUAAGUAAACUGAGUUAUUCUGUGUAAAAUGAACCUGUGAAUCUCACACAUUGUGAUCUUGGAAUUACGCUGGAACAAUGAAUAAUCUAAUACAACAACAAAGACAACCCAACAAACUCUUGCUGGUUGCAGAAUGUAACAAUCAACCAAACCUCAAAAGCUUCUCAUUUUAAAACAACAAGAGAUCCAAGUAUUAAAACAAAUAUGUUUGUUUGAAAUACCAUGAUAUACCACAAAUGAAUACAGUAGUCAAUGGGGAACUUUCAAUAAAACCGAAUAGUAAAUCCAG